GGCCACGCGCUGAGCACCAGGGCUCGGAACGUCAUUCGGGUUAAAAGCAAUAUCCCGGUUUUAGCGGCGCCUUAGGAGUUGGAACGUUAUUAUACAUGUCAUCCCUGCAGGGCCUGGAGAAGUUGGUUACCUGAUCCUCUGCUGUACCUGAGCCUCAUUGUUGCAGCUUUUAAUAACUGAAUAUCCAGACGACCUUUAAAGGUGCCUUUGAGGAAAGAACUGACAAGAGUCAGUAUUCCCAGCUCAAAAUGGGCAACAAGCAAACCAUUUUCACUCAAGAGCAACUGGAUGCAUAUCAGGACUGCACAUUUUUCACAAGGAAAGAAAUUCUGAGGCUGUUCCACAGGUACCGAGACCUGGCCCCGCAGCUCGUUCCCCUUGACUACUCGGACAAACCGGCCGUGACACUGCCCUACGAGCUCAUCGGCAGCAUGCCAGAGCUCAAGGACAACCCCUUCCGGCAGCGGAUAGCCGAGGUGUUCUCAGAGCACGGCGACGGCAACAUGACUUUGGAGGAUUUUUUGGACAUGUUUUCUGUGCUAAGUGAAAUGGCUCCCCGAGACUUGAAAGCUUAUUAUGCUUUUAAAAUUUAUGACUUCAACAAUGACGAUUACAUAUGCAAAUCAGACCUAGAGAAAACUGUUAACAAGUUAACCCGCAAUGAGCUGACCCCAGAAGAAGUCAGCCUGGUGUGUGAGAAGGUGAUUUACGAGGCUGAUGUGGACAACGAUGGCAAGCUGUCCUUGGCAGACUUCCAGCACAUGAUUGUACGAGCUCCAGAUUUCCUCAGCACCUUUCAUAUUCGAAUCUGAAUUUGUCAACCACGGGGAUGGGAGUGCUGCUAUGACUUCACCUGACAUUACCAGCCAGGAGAGCACAAGAUAACA